AUGCUCAAGUUGUAUGGCCCUUCCACUUGCAGAAGACUAUUACAUAGUAGUGCUAAAACUCCACUACAAGAGUAUGAUCGGUUGGUAUCUAUAGGUAAAUUGAGAGAUGAUCAAUAUCAAAGAGGUAUAAUAAAGUCUUUGGGUGACCUUCAUGCUCAAUUGACUCGUUAUAGUCCACAGAUAGUAGAGAUCCCAAAUGCUUCCAAUUUAAAGCCCAAAACUGGUAUAACCAAAAUGUUUUCAAAUCUUUUCCAUAAAAAAGUGGAAUUCACUCAAACUGACUAUGACACAAUUCCAAAGGGGAUAUAUCUAUAUGGUGAUGUUGGUUGUGGUAAGACAAUGUUGAUGGAUCUAUUCUAUUCUACAAUCCCAAAGCAUUUACCAAAGAAACGUUUGCAUUUCCAUCAAUUUAUGCAAAACCUUCAUAAGCGAUCUCAUCAACUCAUUGUGGAACAUGGUUCUCCAGAUUUAGAUACAAUCCCAAUAAUUACUGCAGAAAUUGCACAAGAAGCUACUGUUUUAUGCUUUGAUGAAUUUCAAGUCACAGAUGUUGCUGAUGCGAUGUUGUUACGUCGUUUGUUAACAAGAGCUCUUAGACCAGAUCAUGGGUUAGUUUUAUUUGCAACUUCGAAUAGAGCACCUGAUGAUUUAUACAUUAAUGGUAUUCAAAGAGAAUCAUUCAUACCAUGUAUUCAAUUAUUGAAACGUCGUACUGAAGUGAUUUAUUUGAACUCUCCAACUGAUUAUAGAAAAGUUCCCAAACCAAUAUCUUCUGUUUAUUAUUAUCCUAAACCUGGUAUUUCAUACACUUCAAAACAUUCACAAGCUGCUGCUAAACAACAUGUUGAAUCUUGGUAUAAUUUCUUUGCCCAAGGUCACGGACCUGAAUAUGAUAUCGAGUUAACAAUCUGGGGAAGAAUCUUGAAAGUUCCAAAAGGUUCACCUCCUUAUGUUGCACAAUUCACAUUUGAAGAAUUAUGUGGAAGCCCCUUAGCUGCUGGUGAUUAUCUUUCAUUAGCUACACAUUUCAAUGCAUUUAUCAUCACAGAUAUCCCAUAUCUAUCCAUCAAUGUUAGAGAUCAAGUUAGAAGAUUCAUUACAUUCCUUGAUGCUGUUUAUGAUAAUCAUGGAAGAUUAUGUGUAACAGUAGCUGCACCAUUUGAAGAUUUAUUUGUGGAGCCUGAAGAUAUAAAACAAGGUGCUUAUGAGUUAAAAGCUUCAAAUCAAGAUGAUAAAGAAAUUGAUGAUAGUUUUGCAAAUGAUGAACUAGUUCAAACUCAUGGUUUUAGUAAAAAAAUUGCUAAAAAGGCACAAUUAUUUGCAUUAGACGAAGAAAAAUUCGCAUUUGCUAGAGCAUUAAGUAGAUUAUCACAAAUGUCUACACAAGAUUGGGUGGAUAAUAAUAAACAUCAUGAUUAA